AUGGGAGGUUUGGGUUGUGUAGUAGGAAGUUGUGUGUGGAUCCUUGCAUCUUUUUGUACAAAUUAUGAGCAUUCAGUAAAAACGUCAUUGCCGCCAUCGACCCUCCCUAGUUAUAUAAACAAAAGACAAGGUGGAAAUUGUUGUUUUUCGAAAUGCCGAAUAAGUCGUAGGCCUCUGUCUGCGUUGCCCGAUGAUAACAACUGCGGGCACUCCGACUCAAUCCAUACUAAGGACGAGGAUGUUAAUGAAGGAACACCAGCCCAACUACAAUUAACAAGAUGGAGGCUGCCCACUGGAAAUUCAGGAAUAAUAUCCUCCUACUUAGUUGGUCUUCUUACUGGCGUCGUUGUUGUGCUCUUCAAUAAUCUAGUCCAUGAAAUUCGUGAUUGUUUUUGGGAUGGGAUUCCCUAUCAAGGGGCAUCGUGGUUAAGAGAAGAGCCAAUUCAGGCAACCUGGACUAGGAUAAUCUUAAUACCUACUGUAGGGGGCUUGAAUGUUGCCAUGUUGAACCUACUUCUUUAGCAUCUUGCUUCGACUGAUGAAGAUCCAUUGCGUGGCAUAUUUGCUUAUCUUAAGUCUGCAUCCCAACCUAUUCUAAAGGCCAUAGUAGCUUGUAUCACUUUAGGCACAGGGAAUUCCUUGGGUCCUGAGGGUCCCGGUAUUAAUAUUGGUACUUCCAUUGCCAAAGCUAUUGGUUUUUUCUUUGACAAGAGUUCUGGCUGAAUGCUAUCUCUUUUGGCUGCUGGAUCUGCUGCGGGACUCUCUUCUGGUUUCAAUGCUGCUGUUGCUGGUUGUUUUUUUGCCAUGUAGUCUGUCUUAUGGCCCUCACCUAUAGAUGUAUCUAUAUCACUUACAAAUACUACAUCUACGGUAAUACUUAGUGCUGUCCUAGCUUCAGUAGUUUCUGAGAUUGGCAUUGGGUUUGAACCAACCUUUACAGUUCCAGAAUAUGACUUUCGUUCAAUUGGUGAGCUACCAUUGUAUCUAUUACUGGGUAUCUUUGGUGCCUUGGUGUCACUAGCCCUAUCUUGGUGCACUUCAUAUAUGAUAGCAAGUGUUAACUAUCUUCACAAGGUCACUGGCAUACCAAGAGCUUUAUUUCCUGUAUUUGGUGGUUUAUCUGUUGGACUAAUAGCAUUGGUAUAUCCUGAAAUCCUUUAUUGGGGCUUUGAGAAUGUUGGCCUUUUGUUAGAAUCCUGGCCAUUUAUGAAGAGUGUUCCCAUUGACUUACUGCUUCAGCUAAUAGCCAUUAAGAUUGUUGCAACUUCUCUGUGUCAAGCUUCUAGAUUAGUGGGAGGUUAUUACGCCCCAUCUCUCUUUAUUGGUGCUGCCACUAGGAUAGCAUAUGGGAAAUUCAUUGGUUAUAUCAUUGCUGGGUUCAAUCCUAUAAUUAAUUUUUCUGUUUUGGAAGUGGCAUCGCCCCAAGCUUAUGGCCUGGUUGGAAUGGCUACAACUCUUGCAGGAGUAUGUCAGGUGCCUCUUAUUGCUGUCUUACUACUGUUUGAACUGACCCAGGACUAUUGGAUUGUUUUACCACUCCUUGGAGCUGUAAGCAUGUCUUCAUGGGUUUCAUCUGUAGAGACAAGGAAAGGGAAUGAUCAGGGUGCAGGGGAGCACAAAUUUAUAACCUCAAAUUGUAUUAUUCUUCCAAAAAAUUCUGCCAAUAGUUCAAUUGAAUCAUCUACUAAUUGUUCCAUUGCUGAAAGUGUGCCUAAUACAAGUAACCUGUGUCAAGUUGAGAGUCUUCUUUGUGUGGAGGAUGAUAUUAUUGAAACCACACAUUUAGGAAGAAACACGUUAGUUUCACAAGCCAUGAAGAUGAGAUAUGUGACAGUCUCAAUGGGCACAAAACUUAUAGCGGUAGUAAAUCUCAUGCUUGUAGAGAAACAGUCUUAUACAGUGAUUAUUGGUGUUGACCAUACUUUAAUUGGCUUAUUAACACUUAGAGACAUUCGAGAGAAUGGCAAAUUUGCAAAAGCAAGAAGCAAAAAAGCCAAGCAAGAGCUUGUAGUUUCAGAACUGUGCCUUUUAGGAGGCAGAAUAUGUAGUGUUCCAUGGACUACUACUCGUGAUAUGGAUCUUCUUUCUGCCCAAAUGGCUAAGAAGAAUCAUGGAGUCAAUCAAGUUCCAUUUGUUGAAAAUCUCUACGAAAGGGCAUAUCCAGUUGGCAUAUUAGACAGUGACAGUAUCAGUUUGACUUGCAGCUAUGUCAUGGAAUGCAGUAAAACAAAUGCUAACAUGUGGUAA